AUGGCUUCGAACACUUCAGGAAUGUUUUCUUUUUCUCAAACAGAACCAUCGGCGGACCUUUUGGUAGGUUCGUCGUGGGCCACGACAGCAGAAGGACCCCAGAACUUCCAAGAAUUCUCAGACAAUGGAUCUGCCCACUCUGGAGAAGCCGAGGAGUACAUUUUCACGUCUGGCCAGACCACCCCCAGAGGAACCAAGAUCCACUCUCAAGGCCGUCAGGACAUGCAAAACACCUGGAACUCAAGGACCGUUACUUCUGUGCCCCAAGGUGGACAAGCCAUGUCCAGGGUCAGCUCUAACAGGUCUAGCGGCUCUUCAUUGUCGCAAGCAUCACACAUGUCCAACUUGGACGUCACAGGUAAUGCAUCCGCGUUCCGGAAUGGAUCUCAAGCCGGUGCCAUGGCUGGAAUUGAGUCAUGCCUUCUCCUGGAUACUGAACCCUACUGGUCUGGAUACUCCCUCGACUUGGGACUGCCUACCGGUGCUACCUUUCCCCUGACAGAUGCCAGCCCACUCCAUGUGGUACCAGCCCACAUGCAGCUUGGCCCUGAUGUCAGCCUGACUGGACACUCUCCCCCCAGCUCCUGGGACUGCUUCUCCAGUUCCAUUUCCCGGUCUUCCUCUCCUGCCACUAUCGAUGAUAUGUGGCCCAUUGCCCCGAGCCCCAACUCUUCUCCUGAAAUCAAGUGCCAGUCACCGAGGUAUGUAUUGCCCGAUUGCUCUAAAAUUCCUCAAUCGGUUUCUCACCAGUUCGAUCUGCUCAGCGAGGACCGCAAAGUCUCCAUCAUCUCCGAUGAUCUCAACCUCAGCGCCAUUCCCCAAUUGGAGGAUGCCAUGACUCUCCCCCCUCCCUUCACUGGACCCCGCCGACAGGGCUCGGAAGGUGAGUCCGCUAGGGACCAUGACCUUUACAAGAAGGCCACCCCCCUCGAGGAUGGACUCUACCACUGCCCCUGGGAGGGCACGCCGAGCUGCAACCACAAGGCCGAGAAGCUCAAGUGCAACUACGACAAAUUCGUUGACUCUCACCUGAAGCCCUACCGCUGCAAGGCUGAGUCCUGUGAGGGUGCUCGAUUUUCCUCCACUGCUUGCCUCCUCCGUCAUGAACGUGAGGCCCACGGUCUCCACGGCCAUGGCGAGAAGCCUUUCCUUUGCAUCUACGAUGGUUGUGAGCGUGCCGUGCCCGGCAAUGGAUUCCCUCGCCAGUGGAACCUCCGUGACCACAUGAAGCGAGUCCACAAUGACCAUGGAAGCUCCGGUGGCUCGCCCCCUUCUGUCACUGUCAACCAACCCGUCAAGGGACGUAAGCGUAAGACCGACGUGCCCGAGAGCCAGGCUACCAAUAGCCGCAAGGCGUCCGUCAAGGCCAUGUCCGCUCCGGAGCCCAAGGAGAACUCGACCCGACCCCUGCUUGACCAGUGGAUGGAACACCGCAAGGCCGUGGAGAACCUUUUCCAAGGACUUGGAAAGCCCGAGGAUGCCCGGAACAUUCAGAACAUCAACGACAUGCAGUUGCGACUGUCUGCUAUGGUCAAGGUCACCACCGACCUCAACGCCUCCACCAAGGUCGCUAGCUUCACUGGCACCGGUUGA